AUUGUACUGCGUCAGCUGAUUCUCAUCCCUCUCAUAGAGAAGCUGGUGCUUUAGCUUUCUAAUAAGAGCACUUGCAUGUUACUCCUCCCUGUCUUUUACCAGUAGUUUUGGAAAUCAGCAGAAGUUCUUAAUAUAUAAAUGAACAGCUAAAAAAUCCUCACAAAUGAUGGCUGCAGCUUCAGCUGAUUUACUGACUAUUAUUCCACACAAGGAAGUUUUCUGGAGUAACCAAACUAACCUACCCAUAAAUGCCUCGGAAAGUCAAAACAAUGCCAGCUGUCCCUUAGAUGACAACUCACUGUCACUUGCUUUGAUAGUUUUUUACUCUAUUAUUUUUGUUAUAGGAUUGGUUGGAAAUAUUAUAGCCCUGUUUGCUUUCCUAUGCAUUCAUCAGAAAAGGAAUUCUAUCCAAGUGUACUUGCUAAAUGUAGCUGUUGCAGACCUUCUGCUCAUUUUCUGUCUUCCCUUCCGAAUACUCUAUCAUGUUACCAAAAACACCUGGAUGUUUGGACUGAUUUUAUGCAAGACUGUUGGAACUCUCUUUUAUAUGAACAUGUAUAUUAGCAUAGUACUGUUGGGACUAAUUAGUCGAGAUCGUUAUGUAAAAAUAAAUAGGUCUGUGAAGCGUCCUAAAAUGUUCACUGCUACACGAAGUGUACAUAUUUGUUGCAUAGUGUGGGCAGUUGCACUUACAGGAUUUGUAGUAGUAGUUGCACCAUCUUUCUUUAAGAGUGAAGACAGCAAUUCUACUAUGUGCUUUCAUUACCGAAAUAAACAGAAUGCAAAGACAGAAGCAAUUUUAAAUUAUAUUAUUGUAAUGAUUUUUUGGAUAAUUUUUUUCCUUUUGAUACUUUCCUAUGUUAAAAUUGCCAAGAACCUUCUGAAAAUUUCAAGGAAAAGAGCAAAUUUUCCAAACGCAGGAAAAUACACCCAGACAGCAAGGAAUUCCUUCAUCGUACUCAUUAUUUUCACCAUCUGUUUUGUUCCUUACCACAUGUUCCGGUUUGUCUACAUUACGUCACAGUUACAAAACCCAUCUUGUUAUUGGAAGGAAAUAAUUCACAAAUGCAAUGAAGUGAUGCUCAUAUUUUCAUCUUUUAACAGCUGCUUAGACCCAGUUAUGUAUUUCCUAAUGUCCAGAAGUGUCCGUAAGACUGUAUUCCAACUUAUUUGCAGAAGGCUUCACAGAGAUUCAGGGCUAAACCUGGAAAGCACUUCAGAAAUAAAACUUGGACCAUGUACACAGGAGCAGUUAUCUACUACCACACCCCACUCCAGUUCUUUAAAGAAGAAAUCUCUAAUUUGAUUGUUUACACAAAUGGAUACCGCUUUCUGUCACUCCAGGACAUCAAUUUAAGAUUACCAAAUGCUAUACAGUACAGCUACUAAUCCCGCCUCUUUCUGCCUGUUAAAAAAUGAGAAGUCUUACUUCUAUUUGUGAAAAUGGGAAGUCACUUUUCAGAAGUAUUUCAUUCUUGUUUAUCCAAGAAAACAAAAUAGGAAGUUCUCAGACAUGUUCUGUUGGACUAAACUAGAACACUAACUCUUUAAGGAAAUUUCCAUGAAGUGGUUUGAACCUGUAUAAAGAAUCUUGUAUAUAGACAUUCAUAUGACCACCUUGUAUAUGUAAAGAAUAGAUUAAACUUGCAAAAAGUAAAUUGUGUCCUAUUCAAAAGAGCUAUAUAAACCAGUAGAGAUUCUCUGCA